AUGAUACUAAUGUUUAUAUUAUUUUUUACUACAAAAGCCACAUUUUACAGUGACUCUAACUAUGUUUUAUGGAGUUAGGCAGAUAACUUAAUUUGUUGGGGAUAUUACAGAGCACGCUCAUAUUAUUUUGCUUCAACAUUCGAUAACGUUCCAAAAUUGAUUUUAACUAUGGAGCAGUAUGAAUCUACACCUAAUGAUCUGGGAGUUAAUUUUAAUUUAGUAGCCCUUGAUAAUUAAAGUAAUUUGUAGGUUAUAAAAACUAGAGUUUACUUUAGGGAUGUCUUGUAGUGGUCCAACCUUAUAUACCUUUGGAUUCAGAUGGAUAGCAAUAGAUAGUGAAGAAUUGUUUGUAAUUAACGCCUUUAAUACAAAUCCUUCUCGUUACCUAACAUAUCCCCACUCGAACCCACAUGUAAAUGCUGCUUUUGUAAGUCUUUUUAUAUUUGGAUAUACCGGCGAAGUGAACUUUUAGAUCUAAGUAUUAAUUCUAAUUAUUGAAGGUCAUAGAACUGAAUUCAACACAUGUUACAGUCGAAACUACUAAUAUAGCUAACUUAAGGACUUUAGGAUUUCAAAUUAUUAUGGGUCCGGUUGGAAUGAUAAAAUAAUUGGGUGUUAUUAGUGCUUCUUCUCCUUUUAAUAGUCCUUUUUAUGAAAUUUAGCCAAACUCCUAUUUCAUUACACCCUUUUAAGGUUUUUGGCAUAUCCCUGAUACAUAGAACAUAAAUAUCAAACAUACACAAACUAAAACAUCAACAAAUAUAUUUUAUGCAUCCGAUUCUCCAAGUAAUAGUUAUUACGUGAAUAAUAUUCAUUUAAUAAUUUGGAUUAUUAAAUAACCUGAACCUGCAUAAUGCACUACUCUUAGAAUAACCUAAAUAAAGGAUCUACAAGCCGAGUUCAGACCAAAAAUAUAAAUUUCUUUACCCGAGCUAUAAUUGUUUUAUAAAGUAGUGGGUUAGUACUCACUCAAGUUGACAACCUCUUAAUUGGUAACAAAUAUUUAAAUACAUGCUAAAUGUUUUAAAAAUAAAAAGUAUUUAAGUUAAUUCAAUAAAUGCAACUCCUGCGCAAAUAAAAGAUAUCAUAGUUUUACUCAUAACUGUUAUGGUGCUAUUAAUACUCUUAUAUACACUGCUAGGUUUACUUAAACUAUGGUGACUAAUCAAUAAUUAGUAUUGUAUGUAAAUGAUUCUAGCUGCAAAAUAACUUAAUUAAUACAAAGUUAAGUAUUAGAGGAAGUAAUCAUUUUGUAAGUUUAAUAAUUUGAUAUUUGA